AUGGCAUUUUCUCAUUUGUUACCUACGAAACCAGAGGGUGGCCUUGAUUACCUUGGCAACCCCAACCUCAUUCAUGCUCAGAGCAUCCUCGCCAUCUGGGCUUCCCAGGUUGUGCUUAUGGGAUUCGUAGAAGGGUACAGAGUGGGUGGAGGGCCACUUGGCGAAGGACUUGACCCCAUUUAUCCUGGCGGUGCCUUUGACCCACUUGGCCUCGCUGAUGAUCCUGAUGCAUUUGCAGAGUUGAAGGUGAAGGAACUCAAGAACGGCCGCCUCGCAAUGUUCUCUAUGUUUGGAUUCUUCGUUCAGGCCAUUGUCACUGGAAAGGGACCUAUCGAGAAUCUUUUGGAUCACCUUGCCGAUCCAGUGGCCAACAAUGCUUGGGCAUAUGCCACUAACUUCGUUCCUGGAAAAUGAAGAAACUCAGAUGGUUGCCUUGUAGCUUGUGACAUUACUAAUUAGUCCUUGUGCUUUUGUUGAAAACUUCUGGUUCUGGACUCCACCGGUACUUGUGAUUUCAGCAGUGGAUAUUUUACAUGUAUCGGCAAAGUACUGUAUCCCCUUUUCACCAUGAACAUGAGACUCUUUUGUGCUUGAAUCUACUUUUUUUAGUUGGAUU